AUGAGCGGGGCGGACCCGUCCGGGGAGCAGGAGGCGGCCGCGAACAGCCCCGUUCCCUCGCUGGGUCCUAGUGAUGCAUCUCCAGAUGAAGGAGUAGUAGAAGACCUGCCUUUAAUAGAUGAAAAAGCCGUGGAGCAGCUAACUGAAGGACUGGUUUCUCAUUAUCUGCCUGAUCUUCAGCGAUCAAAAGCAGCACUACAGGAACUUACACAGAACCAAGUGGUGUUACUAGAAACAUUAGAACAAGAAAUUUCAAAAGUUGCUGCUUCAGCUCUUAUGUUUUUUCAGUUUUCAGAAGCUAAGCUCUAUCACAACAAGUUAGUGAAUAUUAGAAACGAAAUGAUGAUGCUCCAUGAGAAGACAUCAAAGUUAAAAAAAAGAGCACUUAGGCUGCAACAAAAGAGACAGAAGGAAGAACUGGAGCGAGAGCAGCAACGUGAGAAGGAACUUGAAAGAGAGAAGCAGUUAACAGCAAAACCUGCUAGGAGGACGUGAAAGCAGAGCAUGCAACAGUCUGGCCAAGUUAAUAAUUUCUGCAUUUUCUGGAAUUAAGGCAGACUUUGCUUAAACUGGGCUACAGCUGUUACUAGCAACAGUCUAUGGUAUGAUAAAUUCCAAAAUGUUAAUAAUAGCAUUGGUAACAUUCAGGUUUUUUUCAUUUCAGCCAUUCAAGUUGCCUUCUUUUGUAAUGCUAUGCAAUUUGAUACUACUAUAAUCUAAGUUAAUUU